AUGGCCCUCCCGGGGAUCGCGAGCUCGAGCGCGGCCGCUCCACUCACGCGGGAUGAGGAGCGAGCCAUCGCUCUGAUCCAAAUCGUCGCCCUCCUCAAGGUCCUCCACCAACAGCCACUCGAUUCGACACGGCACGAGGACGACCUUGAGAUUGUUAACAAAGAGGGAUAUGAGUUGACCUUCCAACGGGAACAAGAGCUUACAGGCCUCCUCGCAUUUCUCUCAAACACCAAAUAUGAUAACCAGCGAAUCCCCGCAAUAGCGGUCCAAGAGAGUCGUGCGCCCUACGAGCUUCAAAUCCUCAUGGCAGUCAACGGAGGCAAACCAGGAGACGACAAUGGGACCAUACAAAAAGUCCUGGACGGCUUUGAGAGAGUUUUUCAACCCCUUUCUGGCAUACGUGACGGACCCGAGCGGGAUAUCGAGAACGAGGACAAGAUUCGCUCCAACGUUUACGAUGCCAUUCUCAACAUGUGCAAUACACGGAUCAUCGAGCGACUAGAUCCGGGGAAGAUGAACCAGAAAACCACUGUUGAGAAGAAGGAGCCAAUGAAAGAGCGACUAGAAGCUGCGAUCGACCUACUGAAAGAAGAUAACCCCAGAGACGAAAAUCUUCGAGAUGCCGCAGAGGACUUUAAAGCCAGGGCCAGACUCGCCAUCCGUGGGAUUGCAGCCUGGGAAAAGCAUCAGGUCAUGGCAGAUAUGAGAGCGUUGGUUGACCGAUUCUACGAGUUGAACGAGAUGCCCAAAUUUGUCGAUAUUGUCUCGCAUAUCGAGAAGCGAAGCAAACAAGCAGGAAGGGGAGCCGCAUCUCUCUCGAGGGCAUUGCCAAAAUUGCGCGGUAUAAGGAUGCAGCCAAAUUUCUGA